CAGACCGCAGACUUCUGCAGCACGUACAGCCUGCAGCCUGUAACGUACGGAAACAGCAGCCAUUACCUCCCUCGGAUACCAGCACGCCAUCACGUCUGCAUCUGUGUCGGGUGUGUUGCUGAAAUCCGGACCGGGUGCUGUGAGAGUGAUUUGUGAGUGUGGAAGAUGUCAUCGGACUGGGCAGGUGCGCCUUCCCAGUCCUUGAGACCCAGCGUCAGCCUCUUCCGCACGAGAUUGCUCUGGUUUGCACAGGUUUGCACAGAUGGGUUUUUUCAACAGCUCGACUCUAGUUAAAUGGAUGCGCAUUCAUGCCUAACUUAAGCGAUUUCAAGGUUUCGUGACUAUUUAAAUUUGAUUAUAAGCUGUCUCAAGUGUAUCAGCAGGUCUGUCGAUUAGAACCAUAUUAAGCCCAAAUGCCAAUACUCCACACAUACGACCGGAUUUUCUCUGUGAUUCCACACAUGAAAUUCAAUUUCUGUAGUCGACACACCAGCAGGAAGGAUUAAAUGUUGACGGAAAAAUGAUAUAUUUAUUCAAACAAUAGAAACCGAAAUGCCACUAAGGGUCUAAGGGUCAUGACCCCCCCUCCCCCAGGUAUGAACAUCUAAUUGGUCUUAUACAUUUAUAACUAUAAUUGUUAAAAAGGAGACUUUCAUGAGGAUAAUUUAAUUCCACAAAAGUUUACAUUAAUAGGCUGUUUAUUACAGAAAUUAUUACUUCCCAGUUACCAUGAAAUAAAACAUCUCAUUUAAUGCUGCGGCUCUAAUUUAGAUAUCAGUCUUCAUUUGGCCACAGGCUGUUAUACACAAAGCACUACCACUGUCAGAUGUGUGACAUGCCUCAUUUGUGUGCCCGUGUAAAACCUAGUUUUGAUGUUCAGUCACCACAGUCAUAGCAAUGUCAUUAAAACCCUCAAAGGACAGAAAAUGGUUCGAAAUAUUUAUGUAUGAUACCAAUAGUUACCUAAAGGUGAACUAAAAACAAUAUCCAGCUAGUGUUUAGCACUGCCGAGUCAUGUGAGACACGCUUUUGCGUCAGGCAGUUUCCUACCUUUACCUUCUCGUGUACCCGGUGCUGCCUGCAUUAUACAUGCCUACACAGAAAAAUCACCAGUGUUGAAUUAACGCCUACAAUGGUCAUUAAAGUCCACUUAACAGUCAUUUCAGCCUCGCUAUAUAAGGGAGCGCUUUUUCACUCAACAGAAGAUCUCCCUCCUACAGGGAAUAAAACUGCAGCUGUGCCUGUCGUCUGUAUGUAGAGUUUUGUUUCGUUUUUUAAAAAGAAGGAAUUAAAAAACCUAGAUGGGAGAGCAUGGUUGAGGCUCUGACCUUCAGCGGGAACUAUGUAGGUCCUCCUCGGGCCUAUUUCUGGACAUGUAUUCUCUGAUGACCAAGAGAUAUCAGGUUUGUCUGCUGGCACCAGACAGAGACAGAGGCAGGAGUGGACACAGGUAUGACACAUUCUGUUCAUAUUAGUAUAAACAUAAUGGUGUUCUGAUCUCUUUGUUGGCCAGAAUCUUACAAAGAUCUUGAAAUGAAUCCUCUUGGCCUAAGUCACGGUUCACCUUCCUUCAAUCCUGUCAGGAUUUUUUUUUUACUCUCUUCUAACGUCAAGCUCUUUCGGCACUGCGAUGUGUUCUGUCUGUUUGUCCUGGAAACAAAACCGCCCUUAAUGCUCUCACGCUAUCUCACGCACCCUUUGCCUAUAAUAAUACAAGUCAGAGCUUCACCAGAGCUAAUCCAGUGGAAACAUGGGACAGGGGUGUAACCACUGACCUGUCAAACCUCCUCAACAGCAAGAAGAACUGUUUUCUGCACUUGACUGCGUGUGCUAUUCGUAUGGUGUUUUAAUUUUGAUUAUUUUGGCUUGAGGAUCUGCGAGUGAAGUCACGGUACCGCCGGCACAAGAUGUUGAAGUCGUGUGAAAGUCGCUGCCUUGUUUCCCUAUAAUUGCUUUUCCCGCUCGUGAACCCUAACUCUAAGUUCCCUCUGGGGAUUAAUAAAGUGUUAUUUUAACUCUUGCGACACAUGGCUCCACUUGCAGGCCCAGAGUCCUCACCGAAGCCGCCUGUGAACCUCCUGUGUCAGCAACAGCCUCAGGCCUUCCAGAAUUUGACCCUCCCUGAGCCUCUAGGCCUGCCCCCAACAGUCAUGUCCCCAGACCCGCUCUCAUUCCCACUUUGCGGGCCUCUGUCUGCCAAGCCGUUGCCACAUCACCUGCAGCUGGUUCCGAGCGCCCCCAUCACGGUGCCCCUGGCGCCCAGCCCCAAGGCCCCCGAGGAGGAAUGCCCGAUGCCAGGCGCUGAGCAGGACCCUGCGCUGGAGGAACUCUGUAAGCCGCUGUACUGCAAGCUGUGUAACGUCACGCUCAACUCAGCCCAGCAAGCGCAGGCUCACUAUCAGGGCAAAAACCACAGCAAGAAACUGAGAAAUUUUCACGCCGGCAGUCAGCAGCUGCCCCCCAUCCGCAUCCCAGAGGAAGUGGAGCAGUCCCGCUCCUCUCCGCCCUCCGAAAACGUCGGUGCAGGGAGCAAACAGCUUCCCGUCAAGGGCCCCGGCAGGGUGAUCCUGGCCACGGAGAACGACUACUGCAAGCUGUGCGACGCCUCCUUCAGCUCGCCAGCUGUGGCCCACGCCCACUACCAGGGCAAGAACCACGCCAAGAAGCUCCGUCUGGCCGAGGCUCAGCAAAGCGCCAGCUCGUCCAGAGAUACAGCAGACCUUAUGCAGAGACGUUCCCGGAAAGAGGGGCUAGAGUCCAGGUUCACCAAGAGCCGACGGACCCACCUCCACCCUGCUACAGCAGGGCCCUACUUCAGUUCUCGCCCAAGACUGCGCAUCCCCCGGGAUCUGGCCAUGUGUGUGACACCCAGUGGCCAGUUCUACUGCUCCAUGUGCAACUCGGGGGCGUGCGAGGAGGCCGACUUCCGUCUGCACCUGGAAAGCAAGCAGCACAAGAGCAAAGUGUCGGAGCAGCGGUACCGCAGUGAGAUGGAGAACCUGGGAUACACCUAGGACAGCUCCUAAGAACUCUCCACAUGCCCGACCCCUGACUUCAUCACAGGCCCUGUUUGCACAGAACGUUUUAAUGUUGCUAGGUGGAAGAAGGAGAAUGAGAGCUACCUCUUGGAGAAUUACAGGUGAUUUUUUUUUUUAAAGUUGGGUUGUGCAUCUUGUUGUGUCUGUUUGAGAGUGAAGUUCAAAGAAGCUUCCUGUUUUGUGUAAGAUCCUGUCCCCUCGGUGGAAUGGUUUCCAGUCCCACACUGGGUUAAAAAGCAGCUUCGCAGACCCCAUAAUUACAUAUGGAUCAGUUUGCCUUAUAAUGACUGAUACUAGUAUUAAGGUCCUAAUCCCAGAUUAUGAUAAUAUCGGGAGACGUGAGAACUUUCUAUGAUCCAGGUAGGCCGACGCAAGUUCUGGUUACAUUUUUUCACUUCCACUACAUAUUAUUAUAAUAUUAUAUUACAAAUUAUGAUGUUUA